UCCUGGGGCUUCUUUGAUUAGGCCUUUAUACGUUCCUACUUAUCAGCUGGCGUACUUAUAACCACCGGUCUGUUACAUUAACUGUUGGUGCCCCACCUUCUCAUACCAAGCUUUGCUAUGGCUGAACCGGCUGUCGACCACGAAAAGGCCUACGAUAGUAGCGACGAGGUUCAUGGUCCUCACCCAGUGAUCUACGAGCAACCAACAGGCCUCAAGGGGUUCUACAUGAAUCCCGUCACCCAGGUCGCCAUGUUGGGGGUCGUGUGCUUCAUGGGACCUGGGCUAUUCAAUGCCUUGACUGGAUUGGGAGCAGGCGGGCAGGUCGAUUCUGAGACCAAUUCCAACGCAAAUAGUGCCCUCUACUCAACAUUCGCCGCCAUGGGAUUCUUCGCUGGCUCUAUUAACAACUUUCUCGGACCAAAACUUACCCUCUUGAUUGGAACUAUGGGAUAUAGCUUGUACAUCGGAUCUUACUUGGCGAUGAACAUCCAUUCUGAUGCAGGUGGCUUUGUCGUCGGUGCAGGCGCCGUCCUUGGGCUAUGUGCCGGUCUUCUUUGGACCGCCCAAGGCUCACUGAUGAUGGCAUAUCCGACGGAGGCGCAGAAGGGCAAGUUCAUCGGUAUUUUUUGGUCUAUUUUCAACCUGGGCGGCGUCGUCGGCGCGUCCGUAGCGGCAGGGAGAAAUUGGAAGUCAACGGCUAAUGCUGUUGAUAAUGGCACAUAUAUUGGUUUCCUGAUCCUUACCCUCAUCGGUGUUCUGGUCCCGUUGCUAAUGGUGAACCCAAACCGCAUGAUACGCUCCGACGGCACGAAGGUUACUACUCCCCGCCAGCCUUCGUGGAAAACCGAAUUUAUGGGUCUUUUCAUAACGCUCAAAACGGAUCCUAUGAUUGUACUUCUCUUUCCUAUGUUCUUUGUCUCCAACUGGUUCUAUACAUGGCAAUUUAGCGGCUUUAAUGGCGCCCUGUUUAGUAUCCGUGCGCGUGGUCUUAAUAAUGUUUGCUACUGGAUCUCACAAAUCGUCGGUUCCGUCCUUAUUGGUUUACUCUUGGACCGGAAAUCCCUUAGCCGUCGCGUACGGGCCUUUUCCGGCUGGACCGCCCUGUUCCUCAUGGUGUUCGUAGUCCACAUCUGGGGAUAUUUCUACCAGAAGCAGUACACUAGGGAGACCGUGCCACCUGAGGCCAGUAAAAUGGAUAUCUACGACCAUGGAUAUGCGGGCCGGAUUGUGUUUUAUAUUUUCUGUGGUAUCCUCGACGCGAUGUGGCAAACGACCGCUUAUUGGCUUAUGGGGGCGAUGUCGAAUGACCCGUCUAAGCUAGCGUUCUUUGCCGGGUUUUACAAAUCCCUUCAGUCGGCAGGUGCGGCGGGGAUUUGGCGUGCUGAUGCGGUGAAGAUUCCGUAUAUGAAUAUCUUCAUUUCCACCUGGGUGUUGCUGGUUUCAGGACUUGUCUUUGCAUUGCCGAUGCUCAUUUUACGGGUGAAAAACCAUACCGACCUUGAUGACGAAGUUCUGGCGCGAAUGGAUGACGAAGGGCAUAUUCGGCCUGCUGAGGAAGUUGUUGCUGAGACGAGCAACAAGGAACAUGCACCCUAGGUUCUCUUGAUGGUGGAGAUGUUUGUAUUUUACUAUUUACGACUUUUUACGUGGACGUGAUGAGUUCUGUUCCCCUUGGGAAUUUGUGUUUGGCAGGAACUUGUAGCAAGAAUUGGGGUGACAUCUCGACGACGGAUAUUCCACUUCGUAGAACGAUGGCGGCUUCUCGAGAUCUCGUCAUCUAAAGUGGAGUUAGUGAUGAUCAGGAGUACGCAAUCGUUGCCUGUUAGCAAUUCCUGUUAUUUGUAUCAUCUAUCGUCUACCAGGCGCUUUGGUAAUGUGAUGAAAGUGAAAAGGAGGUUCUUGAGAACUUAAAGAAUUUGCUGGGAACGAAUAU